GGUUUAGAUCCCUUUGGCAAGACUGUGGGCGCUCUUUCACCAGAGGUUGCUUGUACUGUUGAAAACCACCGUGUGCAGAGACAAGCCCAUGUACAGUGGACAUAGUCCACCGAGCUGCCACCUUCCCUCCAUCUCCACAGGGAGCUGCUGUAGAGAGCCAGAGAAGAUUCCAGAGAAAGGAGACUGCAGCUUGGCCAAGGUGGAGAGGCGAUUCAGUGCUAAGCACAGUGAUUUCCUAGAACCUAAGGGAUGCUUUGCCAGCGUGGUAUCCUGUGGCAGAAAGGUCAGCUCCUCCUCUUCUGUUGAAACGGGUUUGCAUGCCAGUGAGUCUCCAGGCCUUGCCAGAGUAUGUGCUCACCUUGACACUGCUGCAGAUUCAGGUCAGAAAUCCUCCUCCUUACAUUCUGACCACUCCUCUGAGACCUCAUUGCCUGAUGUCCAUACAAAUCCUGAGGAAUUCAGCCUGCUGAAGCUGCAGACAGAGGAUGGGCAGCGUCCGGAGUGGACAUUUUACCCAAGGUUUAGUAGUAACAUCCACACCUACCAUGUUGGAAAACAGUGUCUCUUUAAUGGGGUGUUCCUUAGCAACAGGAGGUCUCUGGCAGAGAGGACGGUGGACAAGAGUCUCGGCAGAAAGAAAUAUGAUAUUGAUCCCAGGAAUGGAAUCCCGGCACUGACCCCAGGGGAUAAUCCGUAUGUGUUCCCAGAACAGAGUAAAGGCUUCCACAAAGCAGGAGCAACUCUGCCGCCUGUGAAUUUUGCACUAGUACCUUAUGAGAAGAAAUUUGAUACGUUUAUUCCACUUGAGCCUCUUCCACAAAUUCCCACCUUGCCUUUCAGGGAGAAGGAAAAGACCAAUAACCUCAAGAAUGAGAUCAAAGAAGUCGAGGAGCUUGACAACUGGCAGCCAGCAGUGUCCUUAACACACGGUUUAUUCUCUUCUGGUGCUUUGGACUUUCCAAGACUAUCCUGA